AUGAGCAUCUCCGCUGCUGACACUGUGUCGUUGACGAGUCGACGAACCAUCUCGACCAGCAAGCAUUGGGCGGCGAUUUUCGAUGAGAGAAUUUAUCAGAUCUGCAACAUUGCUCAUCCUGGCCUCCCCAUUGACUUCGAUGCCGUCGAACACAUCCGUUAUUUUCUUCAGAGUAUCGUCUUUGAGCUCAUCGAGACACGUGCCACAAGUGUCGCCGAAGUGGACAAGACGGCCGAAAAGCUGUUCGGUUACGGCUUAAAUACCAUUUGCAAGGAUGCCUGGGACAACAUGCACCAGCAGCUCCAGCACAAACACAAAUAUCAGAAGACGUUGAAGACGGCGUUGGAAAGUCAGCACAGGCUGGCAGCGGUGAUUAAGGGUCUCGACACGAAAUCAUGGAAAAUAGGUUUUUUGGCCGAAUUCGAAGAAUUCGUUGCAGAAGAAACGGAACAUGCCGCCGCGGCGGCGGCGACGUCUUCCAAUCGCCAGACGUACGAAUCGGUAGCCGUUGAUUUUUUGCGCGACGAGCGUCGCUUCAUUCGCGAACUGAACCGAAUCAACGUGUUUCGCCGACGCAUCGAAUCGAUUGCCACCUCGGAGAGUGAUAAGACGAUAGUCGCGAACCUAUUCGGCAAUCUACACGAGAUUCAUGACCUCGCGUUGAAAAUCGAACGAACUUUGGAAGACGCGAUCGAGUUGAACGAUACGCAAUGCAUUGGAAUGGGCAUUUGGGAGUAUGGAGAGGCGUAUGAGUUCGAUACGUACACAUUCUAUAUUAAGAGGGAUGGGAGUGAGAUGAAUGAGUCUAGACAUGCUACUUAUGUGAUUAAUGAUACUAUCAAGGCGCUUCUGGAGAGUGAACGAUUCUCGAAAUUGUUCAUGAAAUCUGGAGAGCAUUCUAGCUCCUUGGAUGGACAGAGUUUUCGGCUGGCUGUGCAAUAUGUGCUUCCUCAAUUACUUCAUAUUCCAAUUUUCCAUAUUUAUCAAUAUCAUGAAUAUAUCAAUGUGAGUUUUGAUUAA